AUGUGCAAGGUUCUAGAACGGAUUAUCCUAGACCGACUUAUCAAGCAUCGCGGAGAAACAGAGUGCGACGAGCAAGCUGGCUUUCGUCUUGGCCGAUCUACGAUUGACCAGGUGUUCAUCGUCAGGAGAGUGAUCAAAAUCUGGGAGCGGUACUCGAAGCCGAUGCAAUUAGCCUUUCUGGACGUUGAAGCCGCUUUCGACUCUCCUCAUCAAGGCCGUCUUCUCAACGCGCUCCGCGCCGAUGGUGUACCAGGAAAGUUCGUUGGCUUGCUUGAUGACAAGAAUCAACGCUGCAGUUCAAACACCAGCCGGAUAUACAACACCAUUCGAGUUGGUAACUGGAGGAAGACGAGGAGCAUUGGCAGGACCCUUCCUGUUCAGCUUCGCUAUCGACGACAUUAUGCAAAGAACAGUCGAUCAGUGUCCUCUAGAUAUCGUUUUAAUACAUGCAGGCAUGCAAUGCAAGCAAAUGUGGAUCUCUUCGAGACCUUGAAGUGGAAUUAA